AUGGCGCCCCCUCAAGAUGUCCCUCAACAGCGCUCCCAGUCCGACCCACCUCCCUACGUGGAGUACCAGGGAAUAUUGUAUCCAUGUGUGGUUCCAAAGGAAAGCCUGGAAGCCAUGAAGACCUUCGAGAUACGUGACGGUGAUGUGGUGAUUGUAAGCUACCCCAAAAGCGGUUUCAACUGGAUGUACGAAAUUGUGCAUAAAAUUCUUGGUGGGAAGAAGGAAAACUCAUCGCCAAUAGGACCUGAGUAUUGGCCUCCGGGACAACAUGAACCCUACUACAUCCAGCUGCGGAACAGCCCACCUCCUCGGCUGAUGGGUUCCCAUCUACCAAUCCAAAUGGCUCCUCCAGGCUUGGCGGCUCCAAAAACCAAGGUGAAAGUUAUUGUCGUCAUGCGGAACCCUAAGGAUGUUUGCGUGUCGUCCUACUACUUCCGGCAGAAGAGUUGGAAUGCAAAGCGUCCAGAAUCUUGGGAACAACACUGCAAGGAUUACUUGGAUGGAAAAAUGCCAUUUGGUGACUACUUUGACCACGUGCUGGGUUGGUGGCAACUGAAAGAUGACCCCCACUUCCUUUUUGUGAAGUACGAGGAUAUGAGAAAGGAUUUUCGCUCGGCAGUGAAGACUGUAGCAGCUUUCUUAGAGAAAGAAUUGACUGAUGAGGCUCUGACCCGUGUGCUGACCAGUUGCAGUUUGAAGUCUAUGAAAAAGAGAUUGGCAGAGUCCGAUGCGUGGAGAAGGGUUAUUGUCAGGAAAGGUAUCGUUGGAGACUGGAAGAAUCACUUCUCGGCCGAGGAGAGUGAAAAGAUUGACGAAAAGUACCGCAAACGGAUGGCAGGUUCAGGGCUGGAGUUCGAGUUUGAGUAGCUGAAUAAACAGCGCUAGCUUGAACAUCCAAAUAGAAAAAUGGUAAUAAUAACAAGAGAUCUGAGAUCCAAACCUCCGGUACAUGUAUAUGUCUAACGCAUAACGUUAAAACGGCUUCUGACAAUUUCAGACAUCACAUUAACAGCAAUGUUACAAGUGACACUAUUUGACAAAAAGAACCUUUAUUAAAAAAAACGAAAACGGCUUGAACAAUGUUAAAAUGAUUUUUUUUCAAAUGCACCUAUUACUACUUACCUCAUACAAAUGUAAUUUUUAAAAAAAUAAGAUAGUAUGUAGUAACUAACGGAACUAGCUCUCCUUCAAUUGUGUACUUGAUCUACUGGCUAUAUUAUGUAUGGAAAAACAACAGUAGAAAAGAGUAUGCUUUGCUAAAAUUAAAUAUUAUGACAUCUCUACAGUCUAACAGGUUAAUCAAUAUAAAAAAAUAAGCUAAUAUUGGACGGUAAUCUACCUAAGAACAGAAAAAGUCGUGCUCUGUAACAAAAGAACUUAUACGUUAGAUAAGGCUGGACAUACCUACAGUACUUAGCAUCCACAUUAUCUUCUAUAUCAGGGCAAUUUUAAUGCUAUAAUGCCAGGCAGGGAUGCUACAAUGUACCACACAUAAUAAUAAUAAUAAAAAAACAAUUAUUAAAACAGUUUCAUCAAUCACUCUUAGUCGUGAUGAUUUCUUGUAGCACAUGAAUUUCCAAACAUAUUUGUCAAUCACGGAAAUUAUUUCAAUUUUCCUGUAUGGUGUCACAUAGUCAUCUUUUUCUAUCAUUUAUAUAAUACGGACUUCUCACAAGUUUAGGUAUUCUAAAAUCUUCCACUUGAGAGUUUGUACUCCUCACACUGUAGUAUCAAUGCUAGUACUUUUGUCCCUACCUCACUGUACAAGCAAAGGGUUUCAAAUCACCCAACUCACUAAACGUUCAUCAAAACUGGUUCUGUACUCUUGAAACGUUUCUCACAAGUGAAUCUGCAUGUGAUUCUUCAAACUACUCAGUCGACUAAACUGCAUGCCUGCUGCACUCCUCA